AUGAGCGAGCGCAGUGAAAGCCCCGUCCCAGAGUACUGUCAGGCAUUUGAUGUUGUGGGUAAGUCAUUUUGCCAUCGUAAAAAUUUUUUUUCUUUUCUUAUGUAUGAUAAUUAAUUUCAGCUAAUGAUGGGAGUACUAAAAGAUAUCUCUUUCCAAAAGCUUUGGAUCUGAACCGACCUAAACGCCCACGGACUACCUUCUCAACGGAUCAGUUAAAAAUAUUAGAAUCCGAAUUUCAGAAGAAUCCGUAUUUGGUGGGGUCGGAGAGAUGUGCGUUAGCCAGAAGAUUACAUUUGAAAGAAAUCCAAGUGAAGGUCUGGUUCCAGAAUCGAAGAACAAAGACUAAGAAGGGAUCCGAUGGAGAGAAGGACACCAAGAGGUAAGAGAAUCACUCUCGCAAUCAGAUAUAACGUCAAAAAUUCAGCCAAAAGUCAUCGAUUUCCCCGACCGCAAACCUAAAUCAGUGUCACCCACAAGAUCCCGCUAUCCUGGGUAUUCAUAGCAUGGCCUGUGAGCUGAAGCAGCCUCUAUACUUGAAUAUCCCAACAAACAUUGCUCAGAAUCCAUUCGUUCCUCCCAAUUUCAGUCAAUUUUAUGUCGAUUUCCUCCGAUAA